AUGGGUCUUCCAUGGACAUCUCAUACUACUCUUAAGUUUGGAAUUCCAAGGUUUUUCUUCAAUGGUAUGUCUUGCUUCAGUCUCUUGUGCAACCAAAACUUACUAUGUUACAAGCCGCAUGAAAGUGUCGAAUCCGAUUCGGAGCCCUUUGUGGUUCCAGGCAUGCCUCAUCAAAUCGAGCUAACAAAGGCUCAGUUAUUGGGAAGUGUUCAUGACGAUGAUCCCUCUAUCACAGAAAUCAGAAAACAAGUCAGAGAAGCUGAGCGAACGGCGGAUGGUGUGGUGAGUAAUAGUUUUUACGAAUUGGAAACUUGUUAUGUGGAUGAGUACCAGAAGCUUAUGGGGAAGAAAGCUUGGUGUGUUGGCCCUGUUUCACUAUACAACAAGGAAGCCUCAGAUAAGGCUGAGAGAGGUAAUAAAGCAGCCAUUGAUGAGGACCAAUGCUUGGAGUGGUUGGAUUCUAGAGAAGCAGAGUCUGUCAUUUACGUUUGUCUUGGAAGCCUAUGUCCCUUGGCUCCUUCACAAUUGAUUGAGAUUGGGUUGGCUUUGGAGAGAUCGAAUCGCCCAUUUGUAUGGGUGAUCAGAGAAGGAAACAACAAUAAACCGUCAGAAGAAUUGGAGAGAUUGGAACAGAGGACCAAAGGAAGAGGGCUUUUGAUUCGAGGCUGGGCACCACAAGUGUUGAUCUUGUCACACAGGGCAGUGGGAGUUUUCGUAACACAUUGUGGGUGGAAUUCGACCCUGGAAGGGGUAAGUGCAGGUGUGCCUAUGAUAAUAUGGCCGAUGUUUGCAGAUCAAUUCUAUAACGAGAAACUGAUUGUGCAGAUUUUGGGGAUUGGAGUAAGGGUUGGUGUGGAUGUCUCUUGUCAGAUGGGGGAAGGUGAAAAGUUUGGGGUUUAUGUGAAGGAAGAAGGGGUUGAGAAGGCAAUUGGGAUUUUAAUGGAUGGUGAAGAGGAAGGAGAAGUGGUAACAAAGAAAGCAAGAGAGGUUGGGGAGAUAGCAAUCAGAGCAGUUGAAGAAGGGGGUUCUUCUCAUCUCAAUAUCUCACUCUUUAUUCAAGAUAUCAAACAUCAGGUAGUAGAGAAGCAAUCAAGGAGGAGAGGAGUUGAUUUGAAGUGA